AUGUCUUUCCCAAAAUCGCUCCCGGACUGGAAUAACCUCAAAGUUAUCCAUAAAGGCACACUCCUACCAAGAGCUCAUUUUUAUUCCUAUGUCUCCGAGAAAGAGGCACUCACACUAAACCGCCAACAAAGCGAAUAUGUAUCUCUGAACGGCACCUGGAAGUUCCGCCAUGACGAAUCUCCCCUAGAAGCUCCGGAAUGGUCAUCUGUUGACCCCUUGGACUGGGAUGACAUCAAAGUUCCAGGAAUGUGGCAACUUCAGGGGUAUUCGCAUCCAACCUACACCAAUGUCAACUAUCCCUUUCACGUCAACCCCCCUCAUGUGCCUCUUCUAAACGAGACUGGAUCAUACUGGAGACAGUUCGUCACGCCGUCAGUGUGGGAGGGACAACAGAUCCGCAUUCGCUUCGAGGGUGUCGAUAGUGCUUUUCAUCUCUGGAUUAAUGGAGAGCAAGUUGGGUAUUCACAAGGCUCCCGGAAUCCUGCUGAGUUUGACAUUACCAGUUUCCUUCAACCUUCGGGAUCUGCGAAUACGAUUGCAGUACGUGUCUAUGAGUUUUGUGACGGCUCGUAUCUUGAACGUCAGGAUCAGUGGCUAGCUAGUGGCAUUUUUCGAGAUGUUGGCUUGCUUGCAUUUCCAUCAAACGCGGUAAUAGAUUUUAGUGCAGUUGCGACGCUGAGCGAGGACUUACUCUCUGGUGAGCUUGCCAUUAAUGUGAAGACACAGGGAGAAGAUGGUGUUUUGCAGACCAAGCUAUAUGGUGCGGAUGGCACGCUCCUGAACGACUCAACAUUCCACUCCACAGAGUCUCACAGAAUUCAAGUACUUGGAGAAGAUCUACAGCUAUGGUCAGCUGAGCACCCUAUCCUCUACACAUUGCUCUUAUCAUUCAAUGGCCGUACCAUUCCUCAGCGGAUCGGCUUUCGACGUAUUGAGCAAAAAGACUCUAACUUUCUUGUUAACGGGAAGCGUAUCAUCUUGUAUGGAAUGAAUCGCCAUGAACACCACCACCUUUAUGGUCGUGCUGUCUCUUAUGAGAGCAUGCGUGCAGAUCUGGUGCUUAUGAAGAAGCACAACAUCAAUGCUUUGAGGUGUGCUCACCAGCCGAACGAUCCCCGACUCUAUGAAGUCUGUGACGAGUUGGGCUUGUAUGUGAUUGCCGAGGCGGAUCUCGAGACACAUGGGUUUGAUCCGGUUGAAAGAUCUAAUAUACAGAAUCAACACCUUAUGAGCGAGUAUGAAAUUCAAGAAACAUCGUACAAGAUGGCUAAAAAGUGGACUUCAGACAAUCCAGAGUGGAAAGAAGCCUACCUUGACCGUGCUGUGGAGCUCGUUCAGAGAUUCAAAAAUUUCACUUGUAUCAUCUUCUGGUCUCUUGGAAACGAGGCUUUUUAUGGCCAAAAUCACGCUGUCAUGUAUAAGUGGAUCAAAGAAACUGAUCCGACCCGCCUUGUCCAUUACGAGGGAGACAGAGACGCUCUCACAGCUGAUUUGUACUCCAGCAUGUACUGGGGUAUAGACGCUCUGAAAGCCCAUAUUAAAGAGAAAACUGACAAGCCUUUGAUUCAGUGCGAGUACGGCCACGCUAUGGGUAAUGGGCCAGGCGGAUUGAGAGAAUACAUCGAGGCUUACCGUACCGAGAAACUACUACAAGGAGGUUUCAUCUGGGAGUGGUGUAACCAUGGACUUCUCAAAAGAGACGGUGAUACGACUUAUUAUGCAUAUGGUGGUGAUUUUGGAGAUCAGCCCAAUGAUGCAGACUUCAUUCUUGAUGGAAUGGUAUUUUCUGACCAUACCCCAACUCCUGGUCUACUUGAAUACAAGAAAGUCAUUGAGCCCGUCACAGUGCAGCUUUGGGGAAAUCAACUGGAGGUUAAAAACCACUACGAUUUCAGUACCCUCGACCACCUAACGGUUUCAUGGCACCUUGUAAAAGAGACAGGAAACACAGAGCCGAACUUAUGGCAGCUACCGGAAAUCAAACCAGGGGAUUCCCAGCUGGUUGACCUCCCCAACGGCGUAAAGAUGACCACUGAGCCAACUUGGUUUACCUUGAACUUUUGUCUCAAGAAUGCCACAGCCUGGGCACCAAAGGGCCAUGAGAUUGCCUGGGCACAAAUCCCGUUGUUUCAGGAGCAGUUUCUCUCAAUACCUUCGAUUCCCGUCUCACCAAGGUCCGUCCUGUCCAUAUGCGAGAGAGCAGGUAAACUGCAUAUAGCCUCGAAUACCUUUGGCUCACGCUUCACUUACGACCUGAUUAGGGGUAGCCUGUCUUGGUCCAGUGACAUGAGUAAAAUCUUCAAUAGCGGGCCGCAGUUAGGGAUAUACCGAGCGUUGACGCAGAAUGACCUUGGACUAGAAGGCCCACAUGUCGAAUGGAGUCGCUUUCGUGUGGAAAGUGCUCGUAUGCUCAUUCAGUCCGUGACAUGGCGUUGCAAUGAGGACGGAACUGUAAAUAUCGACACUAAUGUCCGAGUUGCGCCUACGGUUCUUGAGUGGGCACUUGAAGCUACUCUAAGUUAUACAAUUACCGAAUCAUCUAUCAAGAUCCAUGUGAAGGGCGAUUUUACCGGAACUUACCCGAAAUACAUCCCGAGACUCGGUCUUACUAUCCGUCUGCCUCGACGCUACGAUGCUUCAACAUGGUUUGGCCGGGGCCCAGGAGAGUCAUAUCGUGACAAAAAGUCUGCCGCUCGCUUUGGGACGUACACAGCUAGCCUAUGUGAUGGUCUUCAAACGCCAUACGAGUGGCCUCAGGAAAACGGUAACCGAACUGAUACACUCUGGGCUCGUAUCCAUUCCUCACCUUUAGAUACCUCAUAUGCUACCUCCGCUGGGGCACUUGCGCCGUUACCAGGGAUCGAGGUGGGAAUGAACACUCCAUUUAAUUUCUCCCUCCGCCAGCAUUCCAUUACUGAGCUUGACCGCGCAAAACAUCCACAUGAGCUUUCAGAUUUGGUUGAUGAAACUGAGCUUAAUGUCGAUUUUGCCCAUCAUGGAAUUGGCACGGCUAGUUGCGGUCCGGGGCCUUUUGACGGCCAUAGAUUAGAGGCUGGACCCUUUGACUUCAACGUAAUGUUUCGUUUGGGUGAUGGAAUAUAA